AUGUUGGUUGCCCGGUAUCCCUACAUAGAUUAUAUUGUUGAAUUUUGCAAGUAUUUUGCACUCUCUCUCUCGCUCUCUCUGUCACUCUUCCGCACGCCUGCUUGUGCAUGUGUUUCUGAAUUCAUCGAAGAAGGUGCUGCUGCACCAUCGCAAGCACCUGUCACAGCAAGUGCCCAGGAUCCGAACGAUCUAGCCAGCUGGACUGUGGCAUGGGGCCUGGGCAAGUACCAGGCUAGGCUGAUCAACAACUACGAUGAUGUGGACCAGAUUUGCAGUCUCCACCAAAACAGUUUGCAGACGUUUUUCGUCGACAACCAGAUUAUCAGCAAGGAGGACCAGCAGCUUUUCGAGACAGCCAUUUUGCAGCAUGGAGAUCUCGCUUCUCGGGCAGGGGCAGCCGUCGUGACUGGUGUCGGGCCGGACGGCCUCCCGCUCAUCAAUCCACAGUGCGUGCGCAUCUGGAACCGCACGGACACGCGUCUAGUGGUGCUUGCAUUUACCCGUGAAAACAUGAUCUAUGCACUGGGCGGGGAAACAGUUGUGCUGGAACCCAGCAGCCAUCUCGACAUCGUAUCGAGGAGCAUGCGUAGCAAAAUUGCUAUUCGCCGAAAGGACUCGGCACAUAUGAUCGUGCUCCGACGAGGUUCAAGUCUGACGCUGCAACCCGUGCAGGCAAGAACGGAGAAGUACAGCCAGCUUGAGGUUCAGAUUGCUGAUGUUUCAGCGACAUGGGAAGCUGGUUCAUCGUGGGAAAUCUUGGCAGGCCCACUAUUCUGGCGACUUCCCAGGAACAUUGAGGAUGUUGAGUUUCAGGUCUUUUCGGUGCUGCAGUCGGAGGGGCGCGUCAGUUUCAAGGUUGUGCGCAAGGAGGGCAGGGACUGGCGCGGGCAUCCACUUGCCCGCAUGCGAGUUAUUCGUGCCGGGUUUCUUGGGACGAAGUUCUUGCACAAGGGCACAAUGUACAUGGGCAAGAUUGUGAGCGAAAAAGCCGCGGUGGAGAUCUGCCAAGCUCACCAGCGAAUUUCUGGAGCUUUCGGACCGCCCGAGACAAUCGUGCGCUUCGAAGGGAGCCUGAAAACUGAUACUGGAGCGCACUUGGUGCUGUUUGAAGACUUCGGGGAAAGUCUUUCAAGAAUGCUGGGCAAGAGCUCCGAUUUCCUGGAUGCCAAUGAUGUUGACCAGUGUGCGCAGGAUUUGCUCGCAGCGAUUUCGGCCUUGCAUGCGCAGGGCCUGCACCACCUCGCCCUAUCACCAGAAAGCGUGUGGCUUCGACGUGACGGAAUGGGCCGCAUGCGCCUGAAGCUGGCAGACUUGGGGAUAUGUGAGCGGCCAUCCAAUCCGUGGCCGAAAGGCAGAUCUCGCCAAUUGGGCUGGCGCACCUACAUGGCUCCGGAGCUACAAGAGUCAAGAUCCACGGCAGAGGCACUUGUGGCCCGCACGCUGGCCAAACGUACAAAGCCGAAAGCCUCGAAGCUUGCCGACAGCCAGGUACUCGGGCCGCUAAAAGCUUUGGACAUCCUGCCGAGCCUGCGAAGGGAUGGCCAGACUGGGGCUCGGCAAGGUGUCGCCCGGGAACAACUUAUGGCUUUGCUGCAGGAGUUCCCCAUCUUCGCGGAGCUUGAAAUCUCGGAUCUGCGCCGACUUGCACGUGAAUUUCAGGGGCCUUUCUUCGUCCCUCCGGGAUCUUCCCUGUUCGAUGUGGGGGAGAUCGGAGACUUUCUUUAUUUCGUUCUUGCUGGUGAAGUCGUUUCCCGGAGAGGCAAGAAAGAACUUCGGAGAUACCGCCGUGGUGGCUUCGUCGGAGAAACGGCUCUCCUUGGACCUGCACCCACCCGCAGAAUUUUUUCGGCAUCGGCAGCGCGUGGCGGAGCAGGCUGUGCGGUUCUCCGAAUGCACCACACGUUCUUCAGGAAGGACUUGAAAACUGGAGGGCCUUUGAACAGCAUCGUCGGCCCGACCCGAUGGAGGUAUCUUGAGAAGCCAGAGGAGUCAGUUGAGCCGGCCGAUGCUGACGUCUUUGCUGCCGGCUUGCUUUGGUGUCAAAUGGCAAGCUCUCGGGUUCUAUCCAUGUACAGGCUCAAAAGGGCACGAACCGUCGAAGCGCUCCUGGAUGCAGUAGCAGCACGCGAGAUCGGGAGCUUCUAUUUCUUGCUGCAGGACUGGCGAAAUGUUGCUCUCAUUCAGCUCAUAGUCCGCCGAGCUCCUGCAUAUGAGGCACUGGUCUGCCUGGAAGAGCGGGAGAAAAUUGCUUCCGAGGGUCGGAGCGAAGUCGACGAGCCCGAGGCAUCGCCGAGCAUAUUCGGUUUUGUGGGCAAGACCUUCAGUGACUUUCAGCAAAGUGCACGCUCGGUUUUCGAGCUCACGCAAGAUUCGAUGGCGGCAUCUGGCGCCGUUCAAAUGUCAAAUCGAGCCAGAGCAACUGUGUUGGAUCAGUGGGAGAAGCUGACAAAUGUGGCAACAGAGAGAGCCGGCCAAGUUGCCGGGGAAUUGUUUGGCGAGCUGUAUGGAAGCCUUUUCGCAAAGGAUCUUCUGUGGAUGUUCCGCAACCCAACUCGGACUCAGCGCUUCCCCGUGCUGCUCGUGCGCGAUGCCGAAGAUGGGAAUCUGCUGGCACGCUGGCGAAUUGGGGCGUCCAUGGUCUUUGAAAGCGAGCUUUGUGCCAGGACACUACCGCGAGUGCUGCCUUCUGUUCGUCCCGCUCUGUCGGCAGGGUUUCAGAUCGGCUCUGCUGUCGGCCGCAACCGAGCCGUCAACUUCAAACGGCUUUGGAUUGAUGCUUUCUGUGGCUCUUUUCUCAAGCAGCUGAUUGCAAUGGGACGACUCAGACUGAAGCGCGUCCUAAGCGUUCGUGUUCGAUGGGACCGGCUUGGCAGCGUUCUGAAGGAGUCCGUGGUCAAAGGCCAGACUGCGAGAAACCUGGUGCUCACCAGAUUCGGCAGACUGCCCACGAAGUACGAUCAGAACGACCCGAAGGUCCUCCAACUCUUGCCAUCCAAGUGGGUACCUGAUAUUGGCUUGCCGCUUGCCAGUGGCAUUGGUCGUGGCUUCAUGACUCGGUGGUGGCAGGGCUUUCGCAGCGGGUUGCGUCGAAAGUAUGUCAGGCCGAGGUUCGAGACAUGGGAUUUGGAAGAUGUGCCGCAAGUGAUUCUGGAUUUCGCGAGGCAGCAAGGUGCAGAGCAGGCUGCACUCGUGGCAUCUUCAGUGGGUGACACAAUGGCACGGGACUUGGGCUACUGGUCGGGGACGUUCACCGGCAUUCUCUCUGGUUUGGCCAUGUGCAUCUUGGGCCAGUCCAAAUCCUUGGGUGAUGACAGCGACUUGGUUGUGGCUGAUGGGUAUUUGGAAAGCGACCGCGAGCUCAUCGCCCUAGAAAGCAUCCACUCACUCCUUGGAGAGAUCGACACAGGACCAACUACGCCCAGUCAUGUCCAAGAGGGUGCCAUCGGCCCUGCGGGGCCGUCGGCAGCCACAUCCAACCACCAUGCAAACAAGGGCGAGAGAUUGCUUCGGUUCCUGACGGACUCCAAGCCGCGAGAUGUGGCUGAAGUGCCGGACGUGGAGAUUGCAAAUGAGACAAGACAUGUAAAGCUGCCAGUGGGCUGGGAAGGCCUCUCUCUAAAGCUACAUGCUGGCAAGCUUCUCGUCUCUGAGGUCCCGAAGGCCUGUUUCUCCUCUAAAUCCUUCGAGAGCGGGGCAAAACCCCAGGUCGAAGGCGUGUUCGAAGGUGACGAGAUCAUCUCCAUGAAUGGCGAACCACCUUCCAGGGUGGAGGAGCGAAUCCUCUCCAAAGGCGACUCAUGGAAUGCGUGUUCUGUGGCCACUCCUCCUCAUUCAGUCGGCUCGAAGGGAAAGUUUGACUCACCACCUUGUGUGGCAUGCGACUUCCAACGUAGGCGUCAAGCGCUGGGCCUAGAUGUGGCUUUGCAGAUGUGGCUUCGGGCUGUGAAGCGGGAGAUUCGCUUUACUCUUGCUGUGAAAAGCACUGGAAUUGAGUUGCCUCAAAAUGGCUCCAAUUCUGCCACAUCCCUGUCGCCAGCGUCACAAGGAAACGGAGACAAAGCUUCUUCCGUUGUGGAACUGAAGGGUAGCUCGACUGGCGGAACCCUGAGGAAGAUGAAAAGCUUGGACGAGUUGACAAAGGAGAGACAACCUGUUCAGAAGGAUUUUCUGAAGAAGGGAAAAGGCAAGGGCAAAGUGAAAGGCAAGGGCAAAGGGAAGUCAAAGAAACCCAGUGGCCCGCAUCUUCCACGCACGCGAGUGUCCAAAGAACCUCUGAAAGGCGAGGUGCUGGAGUGGAAAUCCAAAUUUGGAUGGAUCAAGGCAUCCAACGACAUUGUUCACCCAAUGGCGGAGAAGCGCCAAGGGAAAAUCUACAUAAACGUGAUAGACCUCAUCACCCGCAAGUCUUUGGCGCCAGGUGAGGUGUGCGAGUUUCACCUUUACUCAGACGCAAGCGGGCUCGGUGCAGAAGAAUGCUGGGUCGUUGGUGAUGAGGAUUGGAGCGAAUGGACAGAAGGGGAAGCUAUGGAAGGCUCCGGCGACUGGGAAUGGACUGACGACGACUGGAACCGUUGGCAAAGCAGCGAUGGGAGCUCAGAGGUGACAGUCCAAGAUUCCAUUGAGGUCCAAGCACAGGAUGUUUAA